GUGUCGGCAGGCGGGACUGCGGCCGGGAGCCGGGGACGGGGGGCGUUGGUCAUGUUUCCCUUCGGGCCCCGCAGCCCCGAAGGGGACCGGGCGGCAGGAGCCAGGGCGGAGGAGCAGGCGGCAGCCGGCGGGCCGCCGUCUCCUCCCCCGCCCGCGCCGCCGCAGCCCGGGGCUGACUCAGGCUCGCCCCCGCCGCCCGCCCGGAGCCCCCGCCGGCCCGGCGCCCCCUCGCUGUCCCCGGCGGCGCGCGCUGGCGAGCUCGGGCCGGCCGGAGCGCUGGAGUCCUCAGCCGCCUGCGCCCAGGGAGAGCCGUCACCGCCCUCCUCUCCGCGCCGGCGCUCCGGGCCCGACUGCAAGGCCGGGAGCCGGGGCUGGCACGGCCUCUGCGCCGGCCUGGGCGGCCCCGGCGCCAGACUGUUCGGGUGGCUGAGAGAGCGCAGCCUGGGCCGCGGGCUGUUCGUGGACCCGGCGCGGGACAAUUUCCGCACCAUGACGAACCUCUACGGUUCCAUCCACCCGGCGGACUCGGUGUACCUCAGCACGCGCACGCACGGGGCCGUCUUCAACCUCGAGUACUCGCCCGACGGGUCAGUGCUGACAGUUGCUUGUGAACAGACUGAAGUUCUUCUUUUUGACCCAAUAUCUUCAAAGCACAUAAAAACUCUAUCUGAAGCUCAUGAAGACUGUGUGAAUAAUAUCAGAUUUCUUGAUAACCGGCUGUUUGCUACCUGCUCUGAUGACACUACAAUAGCACUCUGGGAUCUGAGAAAACUGAACACCAAAGUAUGCACUUUACAUGGUCAUACUAGCUGGGUGAAGAACAUCGAAUAUGAUACUAAUACAAGACUCUUAGUAACAUCAGGAUUUGAUGGAAAUGUCAUUAUUUGGGACACUAACAGGUGUACAGAAGAUGGGUGUCCACAUAAGAAAUUCUUUCAUACACGUUUUCUCAUGCGAAUGAGAUUAACACCAGAUUGUUCCAAAAUGUUGAUCUCAACGUCCUCUGGAUAUCUCUUGAUUUUGCAUGAUCUUGACUUAACCAAGUCUUUAGAAGUAGGCAGCUAUCCCAUUUUGAGAGCAAGGAGAACUACAUCAAGUUCUGAUUUGACCACUUCGUCAAGUUCUUCUGGUCCUAGAAUUUCUGGUUCACCUUGUCAUCACAGCGAUUCUAAUUCAGCUUCUGAGAAACACAUGUCACGAGCCUCUCAAAGAGAAGGAGUUUCACCACGAAACAGUCUUGAAGUCUUAACCCCUGAAGUUCCUGGUGAAAGAGACCGUGGAAACUGCAUUACGUCCCUACAGCUGCACCCGAAAGGCUGGGCCACUCUUCUUCGGUGCUCAAGCAACACUGAUGAUCAGGAGUGGACCUGUGUCUACGAAUUCCAGGAAGGAGCUCCAGUGCGACCCGUCUCACCACGCUGCUCUCUACGACUGACUCACUACAUUGAGGAAGCCAACGUGGGCAGGGGCUAUAUCAAAGAACUGUGCUUCAGCCCAGAUGGGCGAAUGAUUUCUUCCCCUCAUGGCUACGGGAUCCGCUUGUUGGGAUUUGACAAACAGUGCAGUGAACUCGUUGACUGUUUGCCCAGAGAAGCCAGUCCCCUGCGGGUGAUCCGUUCUCUGUACUCUCACAACGACGUGGUACUGACAACAAAGUUCUCUCCGACGCAUUGUCAGAUUGCCUCAGGGUGCCUUAGCGGCCGGGUUUCUUUGUAUCAGCCAAAGUUUUAGGCACAACUUACAUCAGAUAAGGAACUCUUCUGGUCUUUGACUUACAGAUUACUUCAAUUUAGGUGAAGUAUUUUCUUUUUAGAAGAUCUAAGUUUGGGUCAAGAUCCUGGUUCUUAUGGGUCCAUGAACACAGCGCGACCUGAGCACGUGGUCAGCAUCUCCGAGGUGGACGCGGCGCAGCAGCCCCCUUCGGCAUUCCUCUGCUCCUGCUCGCCUGUGCCGCUCGGCUCCCCCUCUUCUGGGUAUUUUGCACAGCAGCUCUUGUUAAGCUCCUGUCUUUUCUUCCCUCCCUCCUUCCCUUUUCCACUUUGGUGUGAAUAUUGUGGACGUUUGACAGGAGUAUUCAUUGGGAUAGGAGAAACAACCUGUGAUCCUAGUAUUGAAUAAAACCCAGAAGUUUGAUGUUGGCACACUGGCUGUUGAAAAAGAAAUCUCAUCGUCAUUGAUCAGUAUAGUUGGCAUUUUACAUUUGCUGUUGUAUUUCUCUAUAUAUGCUCUAUAUUUCUGAGCAUGGAUAAUGCCAUUCUCAUAAUUGUUAGUCUUGCAAAUUAUGCAGGUUUUUUUUCAUGAGAGGGAUUUGUUGUGAGAUUCCAGGAAAGAUAUCACCGCCUCUCUGCACUUUACUUGUAUGAAUUUAGAGUCUCUUGCAUGUGUCCUUAACUGGUACUCUGUUCCGUCAGCGGCGUCGGAAGGGAGAGUGGAAGCGACGGGCUUUGGUUAUUCCCAUCGAACAGAAGAGGCCUGGUUAGUUUACUGCAGUAUCUCCACGGAUGUGGUGGCAUCCAUGCUACUUAGUGCCGGGGUGAAGGGCGCUCACGAGUGAGGCGCGGUCUCUUACGUCUUUCUGUAGGCCAGGUGUCGCCACCUCAGCUCCGUCAUUGAGGACUCCUGUAGUCCCCUUCCACUGUCAUCCUACCCACGGUGGUUUCCACAUCCAAGGCACAGACUAAGUACUGAUAUGAAGUAGCGUUGUUUUUUUUUUUUGGUUUGGUUUUAUGGAAUGCAGCAAGUAAAAGCAUCAAGCAGUUCAAAAAAAUGUUUAAAAAGCAUCAAGCAGGGGACCAGGGGUCAAGCACAAGGCCUGCUGCCCUGUUGAAUAAGCUUUCUUUGAAUCUCCAUGAAGAGUGGGAUGGUAUUUAGAAGAGACUUUCCAGAAUCUGGAGUUAUUUAAGCCAUGCACUAGCCUUGCCCUCUUAGCUGCAUUGUUAGGCCGGCGGUUCUCCGAUGUGGGGGUGCACUGUAAUCGCCGAAGAGCUUGUAGAAAAUGCUCAAGCCUGGGCCUCACCCAAGGAGAGGACAGGAAUCUGUAUCCUUACAGGAACCCCAAGUAACCUCUGGGUGAUCUCUGCAUCACAGUUUAAAAACCCCGCCCUUAAACAGCAGUUACCACUUCUGUAACCACUGGUGCUCAGCACUUCCCAGAAGGUGUUCUGAUUAUUUAAGUAGUAGUGAUAAGUGAAUGAAAGCAGUUUUAGAGGCAGAAAAGGAACUGAGCGGGUUAUCUGGCAGGUGAGAAGUUCAGCGAGUUGCCUGAAGUCCUUCUGCAGAGUUGGUGGCAGACCCAGAAGCUGACCUCCUCUCGGAAUUCCUGGCUCAGGGCGGCUUCCACCCUAGCGUGCUGGCUGUUAGAAGCCAUGGCUGUGAGCGCUUCUCCCGUAAGUCGCAUCACUGACAGCACCCAGAAACCAGCCAGGUUGAACAAGGAAAGCAUGGGGUAGAGCCAAGAACACCAGCCACAGACGGGAAGCGUUUUCAAUCGUACCGAAAAGCUUCGGCAACCUAAUACGCGAAUAAAAAGGGUAUUUCUCUGUAGGACCUACCAAACAGACAUUCACAUACAGGCACGGAGGUGAUAAACAUUCUCACUGGGAGCACUGUUGGUUUUCAAACUAGUUUUAAAAAUUAGAUCAUUUUACCACAGAUGUUGAAGAAAGGAAUUUUUUGGUCAUUGAAAAUUACCACAAAGCGUAGUAAGAACAGGCUUGCCAGAAAUUAUGUGAAAAACACAUACUUAAAAUACAUUUUGGGAUGUAGAACCAUCCAAAGAUGUCAUCAUUAAAAAUAAACUACCAAGUACCACAAUCUGAUGCUAGGCAAGACUACGUGAAUCGUAGCAGCCUUGGCCAGAGCUCCUGUCAAAUGCUGCUCCCACGUGGUGCCCAACUCUGAAUUCAGCCAGUGGUUUUUUGAACCGCUACAGAGUACCAGUUGUGCUUCAGAUAACUACACUCUGCUGCUCCUCCCAGACACCUCACCAAGUCAGUGGGAUGAGCCCCAGCUUACUUUGCGGGGGGAAGGCGAGGCAGGAGGAUUAGGAGGGCUGGGCGGCUUACCUUAAGUCGGCAGUGGGCGGCAGCACUGGCAUUCCAGCCAGGGAUUGUCGUAGGCCAAAGCUUGUGCCUGCUGCUCUACCAUUGCACCUUUUAGUUAAAGGCUAGUCCAUGGGCUUGUAAGUUCGUGUAGCAUCUUCUGAAGUUUGGGAUUAGAUUCCAGACCCAGCUCACCUUCCGGUUCAGGUAAAAGAACCUCCGCAAGGCCGAUGAGUUCCACGAGAAUGCCGUCAACUCAGGACACACAUCGAAGUCCAUUUGUAACCGGAAAGCCACAAGCAGGACAAACAGCUGUCAGACCGAAGGAGAACAGUGAGGGCAAGCAUCCCUGAAUUUAAAAAAAAAAAAAGCCUCAGAGGUGAAGAGGUGAGACUUAUCACACACACAGCCAGCAAACCCCCAGGAGAGCUUCUGUCCUCCUGAGAUACCGUCACCAUCACGAGGGCCUCGGCCAGCACGCGGCAAACACAGGCCUGAAGGGCGGGAGGCGGCCCUGCCAGCAGCCAGGCAGUCCCUCACGUGGCCAGGCCCCGUUUCCUGGGGAAGGGAAAAAUCGAAUCUCGUGUUUUCUACUCUAAAUUUUACUCAAAUGUUUUUAUUCACAAAAGUUGGUAAAUGUAUUCUAAGUGGUAAUGUAAUAUAAUCAUGGGUAAAAUGUAGUAUAAAUUGUUGUUUUCAAAAGCUCUCUCCAGAACAGUCUAUUUAUGGCAGUGCUGUAUUAGUUAAGGACAAGUAUACAAUAAAUAGUUCCUUAUUUUUAGUUGUGAAAAUGAAGUGUGUAAAGCAGAAGACAGCUCUAACUUAGUCUGUUAAAAAGGUGUGUCUGGUCUUUUCCCCUCUCAGAAGCCCAAAGCACAUGUCUGUUUUGUCAUGGAUAUCCCCAAGAGGCAGCUAUACCAAAAAUUUUAGGAAAACAAGAACGCGGGAAAUCACACGCUCCCUGCUCCUGGCUCUGGAGCCGGGCCCACGCUGCACGCCUGUCGGAGCUGUGAC